CCCACCACCACCACCAUGACCACCACCAAUUUAUUCUCCCCUUUCUUGUUUUUCUUUAUCCCUACAUUUCCGCCACCACCUAACCCUCCCUCAACACCUAUAUUUCUCCACCCUUCCUCACCGCCCACCUCCCCACAAUUCAAUCCAUCCCCUCCCCACAAUUCAACCCACAAUUCAAUCCAUCCCCUCCCCACAAUUCAAUCCAUCCCCUCCCCUAAUACCCCCAUCUCCGUUUCUGAUUUCCGUUCUGAUAAUCUCGUUUGA